CGACACCGUUUGCGAACCAAACGAGGAUUUGGUUGUGGCUUGUUAAUAAAGUCAGUUGCCAGAGACAGACGCCAUAAAAAGUAAAAAGAGAGCAAGAGAGGAGUGAAAAAAAGAAACAGCACAAGAGGGAAAAAUAAUUAAAAAGAAAGUAUGGAAGCAUCAAAAACAACAAUUUCGCAUGAAACCGGAGGGAUCCAAAAUGAUGCGCUCCGGUUUGGUCUUCACGGUGUCAAAAGUGAUAUCCUCGAAUCUCACCCUCUCGAAUCCGCUUAUCAAUCUGCGAGGAAGACACAAGAGGAGAUGAGGACAAAAAUCCUUGGAAAUACAUAUGGAUCGGCUUUUCCAUUGAAGAUGGAUUUUGAAAGGCAGAUUCUUUCACGAUUUCAGAGGCCACCAGGACCAAUUCCUUCUUCAAUGCUUGGACUUGAAGCCCUUACAGGAAGCUUGGAUGAUUUUGGUUUUGAGGAUUAUCUGAAUGAUCCCCGUGAAUCUGAAACUAUCAGGACACCAGACAUGCAUCACGCAAUGGAAGUACGCGUUGGACUUUCCAAAGGACCAGUUUGUCCGAGUUUCAUCUGAUUGAUGCAUUUUAGCAGUCUUGAAAGUGGGAAUCAAAUGUUUACUUCAUGUCAAAUUUUUUAUGGAUCUUGAGAUCAAGGAUGUUCUUACUGUCAUGAGAUUACAUUUAUGCGAACAAACAAUGUAUUGUGUUUGGGUGUAGUGACUUUCUGUUAUGACUGUUGCACUUAAA